AUGCUGUCCGGUAUCCUCAUCUUUAAUCAGAAGGGCGAAAAUCUUAUAUUUCGCUCUUUUCGCAACGACUGCCGACCACGACUCGCAGACAUCUUCCGCAUCCAGGUGAUAUCGAAUGCGCAGGUCCGAUCUCCCAUAUUGACGCUCGGCUCAACGACGUUCAGCCAUGUCAAACAUGAGAAUAUAUAUUUGGUCGCAGUUACGAAGAGCAACGCGAAUGCCGCGCUCGUGUUUGAAUUCUUGUACAAAUUAAUAAUGCUGGGGAAGGGGUACUUUGGCAAGUUUGACGAGGAAGCAGUCAAGAAUAAUUUUGUGUUGAUUUAUGAAUUGCUGGACGAAAUCCUCGACUUUGGAUACCCGCAGAACACCGAGACGGAUACGCUGAAGAUGUAUAUAACUACCGAAGGAGUGAAGUCUUCCAUCGUUAACUCGGCCACCGAUUCCAGUCGUAUCACCAUGCAAGCAACCGGCGCAUUAUCGUGGCGACGAUCAGAUAUUAAGUACCGAAAGAAUGAGGCUUUUGUCGACGUGAUUGAGGACGUUAACCUUUUAAUGUCUGCCACCGGAACCGUGCUACGGGCGGACGUGAAUGGACAUAUAGUCAUGCGAACAUAUCUCAGCGGAACGCCAGAAUGCAAGUUUGGCCUUAAUGAUCGGCUCUUGCUAGAUAACGAUGAUGCCAAUGGCCUGCCCGGGAAACCAAGGACAACGCGGGCUGCGGCGGGCAGCGUUACCCUCGAAGACUGCCAGUUUCAUCAAUGUGUUAAGCUAGGCCAGUUUGAUGCUGACCGAAUCAUCUCUUUCAUCCCACCUGAUGGCGAGUUUGAGCUGAUGAGAUACCGAGCAACUGAAAACGUGAACCUGCCUUUUAAGGUCCAUCCUAUUGUCCGUGAAGUAGGUACCACAAAAGUCGAGUACAGCAUUGCUAUAAAGGCAAACUAUGGCCCAAAACUGUUUGCUACCAAUGUCGUUGUCCGGAUACCUACCCCACUUAACACAGCUAAGAUCACGGAGCGGACAACCCAGGGAAGGGCCAAGUAUGAACCAGAACAUAACAAUAUCGUCUGGAAAAUAGCGAGGUUUUCCGGUCAGAGUGAAUUUGUCCUUACGGCCGAAGCUACCUUGACCUCCAUGACACAGCAAAAGACCUGGAGCCGGCCGCCUCUCAGCCUUGCCUUCAGCUUGCUUAUGUUCACGAGCAGUGGGCUGUUAGUGCGCUAUCUGAAGGUGUUUGAAAAGGGGAACUACAGCAGUGUGAAAUGGGUGCGAUAUAUGACGCGUGCUGGAAGUUAUGAAAUACGGUAA